GAGACUUAGUUGGAGAAGUGAAGCUGGCUAAGUCUCAGCAUUUAGAAACAAAAGCCCUGGGACAUCAAAGAGACUGACUGUGCGAAAGAGAGAGAGAGAGAGAGAAAUAGAAAGAGAGAGAGACAGAAGCUACAGACUGAAUGUGUGUAAUGCAGAAAUACGAGGGUUCUGCAGCGCAGGGUCUUGUUCCGGGGCUCCAGGAUUUUGGAAAAAUAUUUUUUAUCAGAACUUAAAGAAACAUUUUUUAAAAAAUAAUUUUAAGUCCUGUGAAUUCGAACAACUUCAACGACACACUCGCUCACUCCGUCGGAUUGCUUGGCCUGGGGCAGCUACCGUGAAACAAAAAUCCAUGACGACUACAUUUUUGAAGUUCUCACGGAGAGAGAGUACUCUCUUCAUUUUGGAAACCGCAUGAACUAAAGUAGUAAGACAAUAGGGAGAAGGAGUUGGAGCGCUUACCGUUUUAUUAUUUGUCGCAUUUGCACGAAAAUGCAGAAGGCGCACUUUUGCACGCCGGGGAUCUGCGGGAUGUUCCUGUUCUUCUUGUCCUGUUCCGCUCAUACAAGACAAGGUUAUUUAAUCACAGCCCCCUCGAUUUUUCGUGCAGGGGUUGAAGAGACCAUCAGUGUUACCAUUUUUAACCCCCUGAAAGAGACAAAGGUGCAGGUCCAGCUGGCUAUCAAAGGGGAGACAGUGGCACAUAGUCAUGGGACAGUCCUAGAGAAAGGAUCUGUUAAACUGAAGGUACCAUUUGGUCUACGUGGCCAGGCUCAUUUGAAGAUAUGGGGUAACCGUAAUCUCACUGAUGAGGGCUUCAUUUUCUACAACUAUACUACAGUUACCAUUGAUCCAAAGGGCUCUUCGGUCUUCAUCCAGACAGACAAGCCAGUUUACAAACCCAAGCAGAAAGUACUGAUCAAUGUAUUCUCCAUCACCCCUGAUCUGCGGCCCAUUGAUGCCAAGAUUCAAGCUUAUAUUGUGGAUCCACGUGGAUCAAGGAUGAUACAGUGGUCUGAUCCGAAACCAGUUUGCUGUGGAAUUGUGAACAUGAGUUUCCCAUUGUCUGACCAGCCUGUUUUUGGAGAGUGGUUGGUCUUUGUAGAAAUGCAAGGACACACUUAUAAUCGGUCAUUUGAGGUACAGAAAUAUGUCCUACCAAAGUUUGAGUUGAUCAUUAUCCCUCCAAGGUACAUCAGAGAUCUCAGCUCAUGUGAAAAGGGUACAGUGACUGCAAGAUACACAUUUGGCAAACCUGUACUAGGAAAGUUGAUUGUCAACAUGACUGUGAACGGAGUGGGAUAUUACCGUCAUGAAGUUGGGCACACGGUUGUGAAAACAACAGAGAUUAAUGGAUCAACACAUUUUGAUAUCUGUGUGAAGCAUAUGAUGCCAGUAGAUGUGGCAGAUCAUUUUCGAGGCUCUGUUAACAUCUGGGCAACUGUUAUCAGUGUGGACGGAAGCAGACAGGUGACUUUUGAUGACUCUACGCCUGUUCAUAAACAGCUGAUUGAUAUCAAGUACUCAAAGGACACCAGAAAGCAAUUCAAACCUGGUCUGCCUUACAAAGGCAAGGUGGAGGUGACGUUUCCUGAUGGCAGUCCAGCAGAUGGAGUGACUGUUCGGAUUAAGGCUGAGCUCACACCAAAGGACAAUGUUUACACCAGCGAACUUAUCUCAAAAAAUGGCUUGGUUGAAUUUGAAAUUCCAUCAAUACCAACUGCUGCCCAGUAUGUCUGGUUGGAGACCAAAGUGACUGCUGUUGAUGGUCAAGCAUCAGGAGAUCAAUACCUGCCCAACUACCUUUCAAUCAGCAGCUGGUUUUCUCCCAGCAAAUGCCACAUUCAGCUCCAAGCUCCCAGCGUGCCUUUGCAGGUGGGAAUGGAGGCGCAGAUUGCUCUUAAAUCAACAUGCUCCUGUGAUUUCACACUGCACUAUGAGUUGGCAUCCCAUGGCAACAUUGUGCAGUCUGGCUAUCAAGCAGCCAAUGUUACCCUGCAGAGGAGCAGGAGGGCUACUGUGACUUUUGACAAGAAUGUUCAUGCCACAUCUCCUACUGGGUCAAACGUGACCCAACAACCAUCGACAGAACCAGACAGCUGCAUGACUACCCUGCACUUCCCUGUGACACAUAACAUGGUUCCACUUAGCCGACUCCUGGUGUACUAUGUUCGAGAAAGUGGUGAAGGUGUUACGGACAGCAUUCAGAUCCAUGUCAAGCCAGCAUUUGAGCACCAGGUUUCACUCAGUCUAUCCUCCAAUGAAUCAAUGCCUGGCGAUGUGGUGGACAUCAUUCUCAGAGGGGAGAAGAGCUCUUGUGUAUGUGUGGCAUCAAUUGACAAAAGUCUGUAUCUGCUGAAACCUGGUUUCCAGAUUACCACUGAAAAGAUCUUCCAAGAGUUAGCAGACUUUGAUGUAUCAGAUGUCUUUGGAGCUCCCAAGGAAGAUGGCCAUUUCUGGUGGCCUGGCCUAACAUCUCGAAGACGUCGACGCUCCUCUGUUUUCCCAUGGCAUUGGGACAUUACAAAAGAUGCACACUUUGCUUUUACUGAAACAGGCCUGCUAGUCAUGACGGAUGUGGUCAGCUUGAACCAUCGUCAAAAUGGAGGGAUGUACACCGAUGAAGCUGUGCCUGCCUUCCAGCCCCAUACUGGCACAAUGGUUACAGCCAUGCACCCUCGAAGCACUGCAAGGGCAGAUAAAAGGAAGAGAACGUUCUUUCCAGAGACAUGGAUAUGGCAAUGUCUCAAUAUCAGUGAAGCAUCUGGAGAAGAAAAGCUGCAAUUACAGGUUCCAGACUCCAUCACAACUUGGGUUACAGAAGCAAUUGGUCUUUCAGAGGGGAAAGGGCUUGGUAUUGCAAAGCAGACUGAGCUGAGGACCUUCAAGGAGUUCUUUGUUGAAUUCACCUUGCCAUAUGGUAUGGUUCGUGGAGAGCAGACCAAAAUCCCCCUCACAGUCUAUAAUUACCUCCCAGUUUGUGCAGAGGUUCAUGUCAAAGUCUCAAUUCCCCGGGGAGUUAAAUUUGUAGGACACCCAGGAAAGCACCAUUUGACCCGAAAGAAAUGUAUUGCUCCUGGAGAAGCCAAGCCCACCUUCAUUGUUCUGUCUUUUGGUGAUUUGGGCAUAGCAAACAUUUCAGCCCGCGCAUUUGCCUACAGUGAACCAAGCUGCUGUGAUGAGGGAGUACAGACACUAAAGAAUGGGAAAUACUUGGAUGAAAGUUAUGUUGACAAGAGGACUCCCAUUUCAAUGGAUUAUGUGCGAAGGAGUGUCCUGGUGCAGCCUGAAGGUCUUCCAAGGGAGUACACAUACAGUGUGUUUUUCUGCCCUAAUGAGAAAAUUCACAUUUCUACUCCAAACAAGUAUGAGUAUCAAUAUGUGAAGAAGCCCGGCAAGAUGACCCUUUUUAGUGUAGCUGUGAAAGCUCACAAUGAUGUACAUGUGGCACUUACCACUGGACCCCAUGACACUGGAGAAAUGAUAGAGAUAGUGAUUGGAGGACGGCAAAACUCCUACACGUGGGUUUCUGCCAGCAAGAUGGGUACUCCAGAGGUCAGCCAUAGUACACCAAACAUCUUGUCAUGGGAUGAAUUCCGCAGUUUCUGGAUCAGUUGGAAAACUGGUGUAAUCCAGGUAGGACAUGGGGCCCUGCCAGCUAAUGAGUCUGUGAUUGUUCAGUGGACUACCAUGAAGCCACUUCAGGUCAAAUACAUUGGCUUCUCAACUGGUUGGGGAUCAAUGGGAGAGUUCAAAAUCUGGAAGAAACAAGAAUCUGAUGAGAACCACAAUGAGGCAUUCACUCUGGGUGUUCCACACAAUGUGGUGCCAGGCUCCGAGAGGGCUACUGCUUCCAUGAUCGGGGAUGUAAUGGGACCUACACUAAGCAACCUGGACAGUUUGCUGCGACUGCCUUUUGGAUGUGGAGAACAAAACAUGAUUCACUUUGCUCCUAAUGUCUUUGUGUUAAAGUACCUUCAGAAAACACGACAACUGCACCAAGAUGUGGAGAGUGAAGCCACUGAUUACCUUCUUCAAGGGUACCAACGACAACUGACCUACAAGCGACAAGAUGGCUCCUACAGUGCCUUUGGGGAAAGGGAUUCUUCUGGCAGUAUGUGGUUGACAGCCUUUGUGCUGAAGUCCUUUGCACAGUCUCGGGCCUUCAUCUUCAUUGACCCAAAAGAAUUAGACACUGCUAAAGACUGGAUUAUUGAACACCAAAGAGAGGAUGGCUUUUUCCCAGCAGUUGGCCGCAUUCUCAACAAGGACAUCCAGGGAGGUAUCCAUGGCAAGAUUUCUUUAACAGCUUAUGUGGUAGCUGCUCUUUUAGAAACUGGAAUAACAUCUGAGGCAGAGAAGACUGCAGUGGCAAAAGCAAAGGUCUUCUUGGAAACCAAUGUGUACUCUGCAGAGGAUCCAUACACCACUGCACUCACAGCCUACGCCCUCACACUUCUGCGUAGCAACUAUGCACCUUCAGCUCUCCGCAAGCUCAACAGCAUGGCCAUCACACAGGAUGGAUUUACACACUGGAGUCUAACAGGAACAACAGUUACAGAUGAAGACACUUUUAUGGGCUUUAAUGAUGGACUUUCUCAGUCAGUGGUUUCAGCUGAGGUGGAGAUGACGGCAUACGCCCUCCUGACCUACACCCUUUUGGGAGAUGUGGCCACAGCUCUACCAGUAGUGAAGUGGUUAUCUCAGCAGAGAAACUCAAUGGGAGGUUUUUCCUCUACACAGGAUACCUGUGUGGCUCUGCAAGCUCUUUCUGAAUAUGCAAUCCUAUCAUUUGUGGGUGGGGUGAACCUGACUAUCUCACUGGCAUCAACAAAUUUGGAUUUUCAGGAAACCUUUGAACUAAACAAACUGAAUGAGAAGAUUCUCCAAACUGCUGUAAUUCCCAGUAUUCCCACAGGACUGUUUGUUAGUGCCAAAGGAGAAGGUUGCUGUCUUAUGCAGAUUGAUGUAUCAUACCAUGUUCCUGAUCCAGUGGCCAAACCAGCUUUCCAUUUGACAGUGCACCUCAAAGAACCAAAGUCAGAUAGGCAUCACAAUCACCGAAUUCCAGUGACUCGGACAAAAUCACGUGCAGAUAACCGGUCAGAGAUAAGUCGACGACGCCGUCGAGCUGCCAUGGAUGAUGAUGAUCCAGCUUCUGACCAAGACCGUCAGGAGUACAAAGUCACACUUGAGGCUUGUGCCAGAUGGUUGCAUUUUGGUUCAUCUAACAUGGCAGUAUUAGAGUUUCCUUUGUUGUCAGGCUUCCGAGCUGAUGUAGAAAGUCUAGAGAAGCUUCUUUUGGAUAAGAAGGUAGGACUAAAGAGAUAUGAGAUAGAGGGCCGGAAGGUUCUGUUUUACUUUGAUGAGAUUCCCAGCCAGUGCACAAGUUGUGUACAGUUCCUGGCUUUUCGAGAAUAUAUAGUUGGGAAAACCGCUCCCGUUCCUGUUAAAAUCUAUGACUACUAUGAGCCAGCCUUUGAAGCCACACGUUUCUACAAUGUGAGUGAAAACAGCCCACUAGCCAGAGAGCUUUGUGAUGGUCUAACCUGCAAUGAAGUGGAGAGCUCAGCUACCCAGUGGACUGGAUUCAUGCAGUCAGGUAUUUGCAAUAACGUUUUUGGCUGCUUGGAGACAGAGGAACAAUUUGAGCAGUGCACAUGUUACCGAGAUUGCGGCUACGAUGGCGAACCAGUGUGUGCUUCGGAUGGUGUGGUCUACCAAAACCAGUGCCAAAUGGAAGUGGCAGCAUGUCGCAAUACCACCCACAUUGAACAAGUGCCUAUGUCGAGAUGUCCAUCCCUGGAAAAUUUGCCUGAAGAAAAAGAACCAGUUACUGUUUCUGUAGAGCGGCAUGGUCCAGAUGCUCUCCAGACAGCAGAAGAGGAGCCUGGACGACAGACAGAACUGUCUUACUACACCUAUGAAUAUGAUGGUGACCCCUUUGUCGCUGAAGGUGAAGGGACUUUUGACUUUGUGGGUGAGAGGGUGCCAGAGACGGAACAAAAAGUAGAAGAUGAACCACAAAUACUGGAGACACAAUAUGCUACCACACAGUGAAAAAAAUGGAUUCAGAUGACAAGAAGAACCACUUGUACAGUUUUUUUAUAUUGAAAAGAUGUUGGACUGGCUUAAGUGGAAAUUGACGACUAUUUAUGCAUGAGCAAAUGUGCAAGUCUGGGAACAGUUGUGGCCUUGUAAUGUUUCACCAUUGUGGUCCUUUUUUACCUUGUAAGGUGUAUUAAGCUACACAAGACACAAAGCUGGUCUAUUUGUUACAUUUUAAUUUGAUUUUGAUGUAAUCUUUAAAAAAUGUAUUUAUGUUUGUAAUUAUUAUGAGCACACUGUUUUAUGAAAAAACAUGUCUGUAACUGUGAUAUUUAUUUUUUAUUAGCUAUAGCAUUUUUAUGUUGUCCUAAUUGUUUUUUUGUUACUUAAAGUUCAACCCCACAGUGUUUCUUCAAUCAUAUUUCACCACCUACAAAUUAUCAAAACAAAGGAAUAUAUGAAUGUUCUAGCAUAAUUGUGGCUUAAAAAUAUAAGUUGGAAAAUCAAACUUCCAGGAUAUUUUAGUAAAGUGGGAAUUCACAAAGAGAUAUUUAUAACCCCAGAUGUCCUUAAAACAUGCCACACAACAUUUCUACUCUAGAUGAAAGUAAAUCUUUUUUGUGUUUGAAAAAAUGAUAGAAACAGCACAUUAUGUAUAGGGAA